CGCUGCCCAGCGGGUGAGGCGCAGCGGCGCGGGCGAGGAUGUGGUUCAUGUACGCGCUGAGCUGGCUCGCGCUCCUCAUCCAGGCCGCGUUCGUCACCCUCGGCAUCGCGGCUGGCUUGUACUACUUGGCGGAGCUCAUUGAAGAGUACACGGUCGCGACCCGCCGGAUCAUCAAAUACAUGAUCUGGUUCUCCACGGCCGUGCUGGUUGGCUUGUAUCUCUUUGAGCACUUCCCGGGCCUCGUGGUAGGCGUGGGCCUCUUUACCAACCUGGUGUACUUUGGAUUGCUGCAGACCUUCCCUUUCAUCAUGCUGACCUCCCCAAACUUCAUCCUGUCCUGCGUGCUGGUUGUGCUGAAUCACUAUCUGGCGUUCCAGUAUUUUGCAGAAGAGUAUUACCCCUUCUCAGAGGUUCUCGCUUAUUUCACCUUCUGCCUCUGGCUCAUCCCCUUUGCCUUCUUCGUUUCCUUGUCGGCUGGCGAAAACGUGCUGCCUUCCACAGUGCAGCCUGGAGACGAUGUGGUAUCCAACUACUUCACGAAAGGGAAGCGGGGGAAGCGUUCGGGCAUCCUCCUUGUCUUCUCCUUCAUCAAGGAAGCCAUCCUGCCAAGCCGACAGAAGAUGUACUGAUCUCGCCCCCGCCCCGGUUGGUCUUCUGGCCACAGACGAGCCCUCCUCCCAAAGCGGCUGGCAUUUCUGAGCCCCGGUGUUCCCCUCGCCCGUAUGUCAGUCUGUUUGGGUGACCCAACAAGGAAAGAUGCUGGCCGUCCCCAUGGCGUGGGGAGCCGGUCCUUCAGGCCCCUCUCUUCCCUGUAGGCGGCUUGUGGAGGGGAAGAGGCCGAGGAGGUGACCCUCUCUCCCACCCUCUGAGCGGGGCCCUGUGAUGAGCUCUUUGCGUUCUUUUAAGCCAGGCACUUCAUUCCUUCGUGGAAGGAAGGGAUACACAAUUUAACAAGCCGAUCCACUGCCAGACUUCUUCCAGAGGCUCUCUUUUGAGGAAUCUGUCGAGAAACAAGGGACCGAGCGGGCUUCUUGAGGCAAGUCCGUGUUCUGCAUUUGCUGAAGUAAACCGUGGUCUCUGGCCGGGAAUUAAGAGUCUCUUGUUCCCUCAUUUGGCUGGGAGUUUCCUCUUGAAGAGGAAACUGCAGAGACUUGGUAAACUUUUUUAAAAAAAAAAGGAAAUCAGAAAUGAUUGCUUGCACCAUUUUCCUGGGUCAGCAUUUGGUGUACAUGAAUGGAAAGCGCCAUUCAGCACAGAAGACUGCUGGCAUCUCCCUGUUCCAGAUGCUUCAAUGACUUAAAGUUUGCCCGUGUUCGGUUAAAAAUCAAAUUCAAACCAGAAGACUGGGGAAAGAACAGAUAGUUUGCAGAGAAUUUGCGAGAUUGUGCCUGGAAUGCAGAAAGCCUGCGUAGCUGCCCCAAGUAGAGAAUCGGACUCCGGUUCCCGCCUCUGUCUGGAACGGCUGGGGCUGCUGGGCCAGCCAGAGGGACUGCAGAGGCUCCCAGCUGUCGCCUUGUUCUUGCCUGAAGUUGAUGGAAGUUGGGUUUCUCUUUCAGCACACAGUCUGUGUUCAAUAAAGGUGUUCAAAGAU